AUAAAAUCAAAGAUUCUUUAAAAUGUUUCGAUAUAUUUUUUUUUAAGUGUAUGGUUAGAGAAAUAUCAUUCUUUUAAUAAGAAUCUUCCAUUUUAUCGCUUUGGUUUAUAGGUGAGCCAUGGACCCGAUCUAGGUAAAUGCGUUAACUUGAUAUUUUGUCGUUGGAUGAAAGGAAAUACCACUGCGCUUCUCAUAUCCCUUCGAUCAUCCAGACGACAAGUCCGUUUGUGAAAUUGGGCUCCAUGUCGUUUUGUAUUGCUGAUGCUUUUUUACCUUAUUCAUUCCGAGUCCUAGGCAAAUUUUUAUAGAUGAAUGAUGUAGAUUAAACAUAUAUUAUGUUCAUAUGACUUGCUAAGAAUACUCAAAAACAAUUUUUUUUUAAAAAAAAAGAUUAAUUACAUUUGAUGUCUAUACUUUUAAAAUUCGCUAUUUUGAAAACAACAGAAAAAAAAGUUUCUACGUAGUUUAGUUGCUCAAUUUAGAGAGUAAUCCUACAUAAUUAUAACAAAUUAGUAUUAAAUUAAACUAAAUUUCUUUCAUUGCCGAAUGAGGUUGAAUCAUAAAUUAUUACAGAUGUAUCACUUAGUUGUUAGUAUUAUUGGGUUGACUUGAUUGUUUGAAGCAGGACCAACUAAUCUUGAUAAUCUCCCAAAUGGAGAUGGUUAAUUAUCAACAACUCCUCUUUCUAUCUACUUCUCUAUUUAAAGUUCAUUCUUCGAGUCAUUUUCAUCAUCAAAAGCUUUGAAUACAAUAUCUAUCUCAUACCCUAAUCAUUCUUAUCAAACAAAGAUGAUGAAGAGCGAGUCGACUGCAAUUGAUGUGCCUGCUUUAGAGCCAAAAGCAAAAGCUUCUUUCAUAAGAGAUGAAAGGGGAAGCUAUAAAAAAGGAAUUGCAAUAAUUGACUUCUUUUUAAGGUUAGGUGCUCUAGCAUGUGCUGUAGUAGCCGCAGCCACCAUGGUUACUAGUGAUGAGGAUCUCCCUUUCUUCACUCGGUUCAACCAGUUCCAAGCUAGCUAUGACGCUGUUCAAACUUUUCAGUUUUUUGUCAUUGCAAUGGCAAUGACUGCUGGAUAUCUAGCUCUUUCCCUUCCAUUUUCUGUAGUAGGCAUUGUUCGCCCUCACGCAGCCGGACCAAGGAUCCUUCUCUUUAUUUUAGACACCGUGUCCCUUGGCCUAAACGCCGCCGUGGCAGCUGCUGCCGCCGACACGGUUUACUUGAUGCACAAUGGCAAUGCAACCUUAAACUGGUUCGCUAUCUGCUUACAGUAUACUGAUUUCUGCUCGAAAGUGAGUGGGGCUGUAGUGGCGUCGUUUGUUUCAGCUGCGGUGUUGAUGAUGUUGGUGAUUAUGUCUGGUCUGGUUUUUAUGAGAAGGCACUAAGAGUAUGCUAAUUAAUGAAACAUUAAAGUUUGAUUAUGGUUAAAUGUUAAUUAUCACUUGUCCUCUUGGUUCUUUCUGUUGUUAAUUAUUAGUGUUUCUUUGUGUGAUGGGAAGAAAAAUAGACUCCAAAGUGCUGUAUGAUUAAGUAAAUUUACGUGCAUUAAUUUAUGUUUUAUUUGUUUUUUCUUUUUCAA